UGAGCAUCUCCCACCAUGGCAGUUCCUGAGACCCGUCCCAACCACACUAUUUAUAUCAACAAUCUCAAUGAGAAGAUCAAGAAGGAUGAGCUCAAGAAGUCCCUGUAUGCCAUCUUCUCCCAGUUUGGCCAGAUCCUGGAUAUUCUGGUGUCUCGGAGCCUGAAGAUGAGGGGCCAGGCCUUUGUCAUCUUCAAGGAGGUCAGCAGCGCCACUAAUGCCCUGCGUUCCAUGCAGGGGUUCCCCUUCUACGACAAGCCCAUGCGCAUCCAGUAUGGCAAGACUGACUCGGACAUCAUUGCCAAGAUGAAGGGCACCUUUGUGGAAAGGGACCGCAAACGAGAGAAGAGGAAGCCCAAAAGCCAGGAGACACCAGCUGCCAAAAAGGCUGUUCAGGGUGGGGCAGCUGCCCCCGUGGUGGGCGCUGUUCAGCCUGUACCGAGUAUGCCGCCCAUGACUGAGGCUCCCCGCAUCAUGCACCAUAUGCCAGGCCAGCCUCCUUACAUGCCACCACCUGGCAUGAUCCCGCCACCGGGCCUUGCUCCUGGCCAAAUCCCCCUUGGGGCCAUGCCCCCGCAGCAGCUCAUGCCUGGACAGAUGCCGCCUGCCCAGCCUCUCUCCGAGAAUCCACCCAAUCACAUCCUGUUCCUCACCAACCUGCCUGAGGAGACCAAUGAGCUCAUGUUGUCUAUGCUUUUCAACCAGUUCCCUGGCUUCAAGGAGGUGCGUCUGGUCCCCGGGCGGCACGACAUUGCCUUUGUGGAUUUUGACAACGAAGUGCAGGCUGGGGCAGCACGAGAUGCCCUGCAAGGCUUUAAGGUCACGCAGAACAAUGGCAUGAAGAUCUCUUUUGCCAAGAAGUAGCGCCUUCCCCCAUGGGGCGUCCCGGUCCCCAUUCUG